GUCCUUCCCUUCCCCAGGGUGCAGAGCUGCAGUCAGCGGACAGCCCCACCGCCUGAGGAGUGGCUCCCUAACGAUGGGACCUGCAGGAUUUCUACCUUUCCACCUGAGGGUCCGAGGGUCUACGGCGCACGUGCAGUAGAUGCCACCGCCCCCCGAGAGGCGGGGUCGCGCUCAGAGCCAAUGAGAGCUUGGGAGGGGUGGAGGGUAGGGAAGCUUCCAGAGGCCGGAUGGGGGAGAGGAAGUUUUAAAGAGGGCACAGGCGGGUUUGGAUUCCAGCCAUGCAGUCCAAACGGGAGUGUGAGCAAUGGUGUGAGAGGGUGAAUCCAGAGAACAAGGCGGCCCUGGAGGCGUGGGUCAGGGAAACGGGCAUCCGCCUGGUGCAGGUGAACGGGCAGAGGAAAUAUGGCGGGCCACCCCCAGGCUGGGUAGGCAGCCCGCCGCCGGCUGGGUCAGAGGUGUUUAUCGGACGGCUGCCUCAGGACGUGUAUGAGCACCAGCUGAUCCCACUAUUCCAGCGCGUGGGCCGCCUCUACGAGUUCCGCCUGAUGAUGACCUUCAGCGGCCUGAAUCGCGGCUUCGCCUAUGCGCGCUACAGCUCGCGGCGUGGCGCGCAGGCCGCCAUCGCCACGCUGCACAACCAUCCGCUGCGGCCCUCCUGCCCACUGCUGGUGUGCCGCAGCACCGAGAAGUGCGAGCUGAGCGUGGACGGGCUGCCGCAGGGUGUGACCCGCCGCGCACUACUGCUCGCGCUGCAGCCGCUGGGUCCCGGCCUGCAGGAGGCCCUGCUACUGCCCAGUCCCGGGCCGGCAUCCGCGCAGAUUGCGCUGCUCAAGUUCAGCUCCCACCGCGCCGCCGCUAUGGCCAAAAAGGCCCUGGUGGAAGGGCAGUCACGCCUCUGUGGAGAACAGGUGACUGUGGAGUGGCUCAAGCCAGACCUGAAGCAACGACUCCGCCAGCAGCUCAUGAGUCCCUCCCUGCAGCGCCUACAGCCAGAUAACAGCCAACUGGCCCUGACCAGGAGCAAGCUAGGGUCCCAAGGGGCUCGGGCUGCCCUGCAGCUGCUGUGCCAACGAAUGAAGCUGGGCAGCCCAGUGUUCCUCACCAAGUGUUUGGACACAGGGCCUGCUGGCUGGCAUCGCUUCUGGUACCAGGUGGUGAUCCCUGGGCAUCCAGUGCCUUUCAGUGGCCUUAUAUGGGUUGUGCUGACCCCAGAUGGGCAGGAUGGGCAUGAAGUGGCUAAGGAUGCUGUGUCUGCACAGUUGCUGGAGGCACUGAGUGAGUCUGGGGCCAGCCUCUUGUGGUCUGCAGGGACUGAGACUGGUACUCUGGUGAAGCAGUGACAUCACUUCCUCACCCUCACAGGCAGCCUUAACAGGUAGACAGAGCCUAUGUCAACCCCCAGCCCAGCAGGCCUGGGCAGCC